CUUAAACAGUACGUGUGUUCCGUUGCGAGACUUGAAUAGACCGAUGGUUCAGCCACCUGGUAGUUAGUUAUCGUUAAUCAAAUUGAGCAAAAUUAUGUAGUAAAGUAUCAAUUUACCAUAGUCAUGUCGGUGAAGAAGUUUGAAUGAGGUCCCAGGCGGUGAUUCUCGGAUGAACGUGUACGCGUAUCGGACAGUUCUUCCACUUUGACGUAUAGCACGAAAUGCAGUGGAAAUUGUGGGUUGGAUCAUUUUGCAUGGCCUGGUGCCCGGGUUGAGCGGAGUCUGGUAUUUAGACCAUUCCAUUGGUCCUUAAUCUCCUGGGGCACUGGGCCAUGCAAAACGAACUAUCAGUAAGGAUGACGCCACUUCCUGUCAUUCCUGCCAACGGAAGUAGUUAAUUGAGCAAAAUGGCAACCCCUUAUGUUGAAGAUCAAUCUGGGAAAUACAUUGCUGCUACACAGCGACCUGAUGGAACCUGGAGGAAGCCUCGUAGAGUGAAGGAUGGUUAUACCCCUCAGGAAGAGGUCCCUGUCUACGAGAAUAAAUUUGUUAAAUUCUUCAAGGGCAAGCCCGAUCUGCCACCAGGUAUGAGCCCCGACAAUGCGGCCCAGGCAAGGCAGCAGCAGGGGAUCCCCGGCAUUGCAGAGAACGAGACAGCUGGGCUCUCCAAGACAGCCAAGCGAAACAUGAAACGCAAGGAAAAGCGCAAGCAGCAAGGCCCGGAUAGCAAUGUGGAAUCACUAACAAAUGCUGUUGAGACUAUGACGUUUGCCGAGGACGGUGACAGUGUGACGCCUGCAUCUAACCCAGCUACUAAUGACCCUUCAUCUGCAACAGCAGAAAAGGCCAAGAAGAUCAAGAACAUAAAAAAGAAGCUGAGGCAGGUUGAGGAUCUGCAGCAGAAACUGGACUCUGGGGAAAUCAAGCAAGCUACAAAAGAGCAGCAGGAGAAGCUUGGAAGGGCCAAAGCCUUACAGGACGAGUUACUGCAGCUUGAGGAGGAUUCAUGAGAUAGAAAAUGUUGUAAAAAUGGGCAGCAAACCAGUUGUGGAAGUUAGACUGUUCAAAAAUACAAACACCCAGUUCUAAAAGAAAUGGACAUUUACAGCUGCGUUGCUGAGCUUCCCUUGAACAGUUUCUGGAUAUUUGUUGAUAUCAGACAGCCAAUGAACAUGAACUUUGGCUUUUGGAAUAUCAAGUGUACAUAAACCCAAUAAGUGACAAUAAGCGAUCAUGCUUUUCCCACACUUUGUCCAAAACCAAUUACUGAACAACAAUGAGCCAGCCAGGUGUUUUCUCUUCAUUUAAAAUGUACUUUUAAAACAAUUGAACUGAUUCCUUAUGCUUGGCUAUGAACUUAUUAGCCAUUCAAUUAUAGUUGUAAUAGCAUUUAUUUGUGUACUUAGUAUGUUUGUGCAUUUUGUAUCUUUUUUUUAUCUUUAUCUGUCAAGAAUAGCAUAGAAUAUAUUAGUUAAUUGCAUUAAAGAUACAAAAAUCCCCUAUUGAAAAGAAUACCUGUUUGUUGACCCAUCUCUGUACUGAAAUGAUACAUAUUUUCAAAUACAGUUUGAAUUUGUGUACAUAAUGAAGGGGUUCAUGGUUUACAACAUUGUAAACAACUAAUAAUGUAAAUCCUUGUGAUUACAGGGGAUAGAGAGGAUUGUGCUGUUUUUUUAUCUGAUUUCGGCAAUCAGAUAUGAUUAAAUGUUAGAAUGUGAUUCUGGUCCUCUGUAGGGAUUCAGAUUUGGUUAUCCAAUCUGACCUUUUAAUCACGAUUAAAUGUCGUUUUUCAAAGGCGAUUUGGAUAGUUUUGAUGCUGAAAUUCCGGAUUAUCUUGAUCUCACUGGAAGGGUGGUUCUAGAAAGGUGAAUGGCACUAAAACCAAGACAUUUUAAUGUAAACUGAACAAAAAUAUAAAUGCAGCAUGUAAAGUGCCGGUCCCGUUUCUUGAGCUGAAAUAAAACAUCUCAGAAGUUUUCCAUAUGCACAAAAAGAUUAUUUCUCUCUAAUUUUGUGUACACAUUUGUUUACAUCCCUGUUAGUGAGCGUUUUAUCUUUUGUCAUGAUAAUCCAUUCACCUGACAGGGUGGCAUAUCAAGAAGCUGAUUAAACAGCAUGACCAUUACACAAGUGCACCUUGUCCUGGGGACAUUGAAAGGCCACUAAAAUGUGCAGUUUUGUCACACAACACAAUGCCGGAGAUGUCUCAAGUUUUGAGGGAGCGUGCAAUUGGCAUGGUCACUGCAAGGAAUGUCCACCAGAGCUGUUGCCAGAGAAUUGAAUGUUGAUUUCUCGACUAAUGUUGUUUUAGAGAAUUUGGCAGUAUGUCCAACCAGCCUCACAACCGCAGAACAGUUGUAACCAUGCCAGCCCAGGACCUCCACAUCUGGCUACUUCACCUGCGGAAUAAUCAGAGGGGGUGCUGAGGACUAUUUAUGUUUGAUUGGCUGGGCCUUGCUCCCCAGUGGGUGGGCCUGGCUCCCAAGAUGAUGGGCCUAUGCCCUCCCAGGCCCACCCAUAGAGGUGCCCCUGCCCAGUCAUGUGAAAUCCAUAGAUUAGGGCCAAAUUAAAUUAUUUAAAUUAUUUAAAUUUAAAUCCUUAUGAACUGUAACUCAACAAAAUCUUUGAAAUUGUUGCGUUUAUAUUUUUGUUCAGUAUAACUAAGGUGACAAGGUUUAAAAAGCUAUUUUGCAUCUGAAACCCAAAGGUAAUGUUAAAUUGGUUGUCUUAAAGUAAUGUGGUCAGUUGUUAUAUUGAGAAGUGUCAAAUAAAUGCAUGUACUUAUGUGAUAUGCAGACAAUUUUUAA